AGCACACCCAAAAUCUUCUUCUCCUCCCGAUCAAAGCGAGCGCGCGAGCGCGCGAGCGUGAUGCUUCGCCUCUCUUCCACUCUACUAAAACGCAGAAUCCCCAAAGGGUUCCUCUCAUCUCCCGCUCUCGAAGGUAAUAUCUCUUCUGCCUCCUCUCGCCGGCGAGACGCCUGCUGUAUACCCGUCGACGGAGUUUCGGCUUCCAGUCAACACUCCUUCCAUUCUCCAUCCUCCUCAAGCCCUAGCCUCUCUAUAUGGAGGAGGAAGAAGGAGAUGGGGAAGGAGGGCCUCUUCGUCAUCCACCAACUCAAGCGACUAGGAUCUGGCCCUCGGCUCGACCAGUUUAUGAGGACUCAUGUUUCUCGGCUUCUCAGGACCGACCUCCUUGCGGUGCUCGCCGAGCUCCAGCGCCAGGACAACAUUCCCCUAUCAAUGAAGAUAUAUGAAGCUGUAAGAAAAGAAAUCUGGUACCACCCUGACAUGUUCUUCUACCGAGAAAUGCUCAUCGUGCUCGCGAGAAACAAGAGAGAGAUAGAAACCCGGCAGGUUUGGUCCGAUCUACAAAGCGAAGCUGUGCGAUUCGAUCAGCACACUUACGGUGACAUUGUGCGAGCCUUCGUCGAUGGAGGUUUGCCCGAACUGGCCAUGGAGUUUUAUGAGGAGAUGAGGAGCUCUCCUGACCCUCCCCUUCCUCUCCCCUUCAGAGUUAUUCUGAAAGGUCUCAUACCAUUCCCUGUGCUCAGAGAGAAAGUAAGGGAUGAGUUUCUGGAGCUUUUUCCAAACAUUGUGGUGUAUGAUCCUCCUGAAGAUUUCGACGAGGAGUAGAGGCGAAGAUGGAGUUUUUUUCAUUGAAUUCAUACGGUAUUAUGCAAAAAUUAGUCAUGCGGUUGUAGCAUUACGUACACGCCACACAUUUCUUACGUAUUUAUAUAUUUGACACCUAAAAAUUCAUAUUUA